AUGUAUCGGCAGAUUCUAGUCGAUCCUCGCGAUACCACUUAUCAGCGAAUUCUCUGGAAGACUCGCGAUUCUGACCGACCAAGCGAAUUCAAACUGCUAACGGUUACCUAUGGCACGGCCUGCGCACCGUUUCUCGCGCUGCGCGUUAUUAAACAGUUGAUCGCGGACGAAGGUCAUAACUUUCCUUUCGCAGCUAAGAUUUUGCAAAGCCAAAUCUAUGUUGACGAUGUGUUGUUUGGCGACAACGAUCCUGAGCUCCUCCGGCAAAUACGCAAUGAGCUGCGGGAGAUGCUCCAGCGAGGAGGCUUCGAGCUUCGCAAGUGGGCAAGUAAUGCCAACUCUCUUUUAACCGACAUCAGUCCCGAAAAUCACGGACUCGCGUGCAACAAGCCGCUUGAAACGGACGAGAGUCUAAAAGUCCUUGGAAUUGGGUGGAAUCCAGCGUCGGACGUAUUCAAUUUCAAGGUCUCUCUCCCUCCAGAAAUCCCGCAAUCAAAACGCGCGAUUCUCUCUACGAUCGCGAGACUCUUCGAUCCGUUAGGUUGGGUGACGCCCGUUACCAUCCAAGCUAAGAUAUUCCUCCAGUAUCUGUGGCAACUAAAGCUCGACUGGGACGACAAUAUUCCGCUCGAGCAAUUGGCCAACUGGCAUACGGUAUAUUCUCAACUAGCGGAACUCAACAAGCUCGAGCUUCCUCGCUGGAUCGACGUCGACACAACCGCGGCUCGGUAUGAGUUGCACGGUUUCGCCGACGCAUCAUCAGUGGCCUACGCCGCCGUUAUAUACCUUAAAGCAAUCGCGAAGUCUGGUCAUUCCAGGAUUUCGCUGAUAAUGGGAAAAUCAAAAGUCGCGCCCAUAAAAACACUCAGUAUUCCGCGUCUCGAGUUGUCGGCCGCUGUCUUACUAUCCCGGUUACUCCGAUAUGUACAAAAUUCACUCAAAAUCACUGCGAAUUGCUACUGUUGGACGGACUCCUCGAUCGUUCUCGCGUGGCUCGGGCAACCACCGUCGAAAUGGAAGACAUUCGUUGCAAACAGA